GCCAUGUUUCAGCUCGCGGUAGCUCCGACGAGCUAGCAGCGCUGUGCUGGGCUUUAGAUGUAGCUGUGGGCUACAGAGCGAGGAGCUCUUCCUACCGAAUGGCUCUCCACAUUAGCCUUGCGGAGCUCUCGCUACUUUUUUUGGAAGCAAUUCCCUUCUUUUGCCAAUUUGGUUCAUUUUGUUGCAACAAGUCGCGGAAAUGUUCAGUCUUACCUUCCCGAAGGCGCAGCAGACGGCUGUAAAGGUUUGUGUUGCUCGAGGCUAGUCGAGCCUGAGCGUGUUCAGGUGUUCAGCAAGUCGUUUGGAGAGCAGUUGGAGGAUAUUUCCUUCUAUUUAUGUGUCUUUUGAGACUUGAAUGCUCCAGAAGUUUGUUUACGUGGGCCUGUCUAGUUAAGCAGCUCUGGUGUAGGCUAUGGGCAGACCUGUAGGACCAACUUGAGCUCAUGGACGUCCCUGAGGAGAAGUUCCGUGCUUAGUGCUCGAUUUCAGAUAUUAUUGCCUCAGGCUCCUUGAAACAUUUUCCUAAUGAUAAUUUGAGGGGUAAUUUAAAUAGUCUGCUUCAGCAAAGGCUGGAAAGGUAUUCAGGGAGUGUUAAAACAUACACUGCUCAGAUGUAGACCUUUUAUUAGUCAGAGACUAUUUCAUACCUCUGUACAGGAUUAUGGUGGAAACCUUUGUAUGUGCCUACUACCUGCAUUAGGCUUGUUAUUUGCUGUUCCUGUGAGGGGCUGAGCAGGUAAAUGCAGUUUGCCUGCAUGUCUACUUUGAGAGACUGUUUACAGAGUUGUGGAUACUAAGGUGUGGUCUCUAGGGUACUUUGAAGAGCCGAGCCGACCAUAUACUGUUCUUGGAAGAGGACGUUUUCAUUAAGCUCAGCUCCACUAUCCAGCUGUCCAGAUGGGGUGCAGAUGCUGUAGAAUGAUAAAAAGUUACAUCUAUGACCCCUCGGAACCUGUAGAUGGCCAGGGACUCAAGCAAGACCCAUCCAAUAACUCUUUGGUACCUCCUUACCACUGUCACAGACUGCCGGACGAGGUCAACCACAAGAAACAAGGUUUCCACAACCUGGGCUUCACCAGCAACACCAGCCCCACCAAACUUGACAUUGACAACAACCAUAUAAACCGACUCCAUGUUAAUAACCAGACUAGAUCCAGCCUACCUCAGGCAACAGGGGGCGACUCUACCCUCUAUAUUCUGCAGCCUGAGGCAGAAGGAACCCCCAUAAGAACAACCUCUAUUGUUCCCAGUGCCCCUGCCGUAUACAGCAUCCCAAUGCUGGGAACAGACCCUGGUAAACGAACAGAAAGGUUUAGAGACUCUGGCUUAGGGAAUGGAGGGAUGACGGAUGGAAUCGAUGGGUCGGAUGGAUACUUGUGUGGACAGGAGGAAGAAGAAGAAGACAAACGGAGACGGAAGACAGCUGCAACUUCAGAAUAUGUUGGGGACACAGCCGAUGAAGAGAGUGUGAUCUCAGUGGACAUUCACACUAGCAGCACCAGCCUCUCCUCAGCUGACACCAAGCUUGUGGUGGAGGACACUGUAGAGGAAGACUUGUCGCUUUCCGGGAGAGAUGGAGCGAUAGAGAAAGAACCAGAGGAUUGUAUUAGUGUCACGGACUCUAUGGUGGCCGAAGCACUUGCUGCCCUGGAGGCGGCCACUGCAGGAGAAGAGUAUGAGUGAAAAGUCACUAAUGGUUGUGGAGCCUGAAGUUGACAAAUUAUAUAUUGCUCAUCAAACUUUCAUCUGAAUGCUGGACAUAGCCAAAAUGAUAUGUUUCAUGAUAAAACAUUUUCUGAUGGCUAAAUAUGAACAACAAUUCUUAAAUGAAUUCUAAUCUUCACAGGUUGCCUGCUAUUUGUUUACAAGGAAGAUGUGGAUUUCUUAUAAGAUGGAUUAUAUUUUGCCAAGUAACUAGCAUGGAGUGUAUUUUCAGUGCAUACACUGGACUGCUGCUUUGUAAACUUGCUAUAUAUGAUAUAACUGCAAUUUUUUAUAGUCGAUACUACUACAAUAGGCCUCACCUUUCCAGUUUAGUUGUAGACAAGUCCCAAUAUUCUCUUCUUUUGCACAAUGAUCCUACCUGACCACCAGGACACUCAUGCCUGCUCCAAUGCAUAUAAAGGCUUUUCAAACCACUGUUCACUACUAUGCACUUGACCAUGCUUAGAGGAGAAUGCUAAGCUUUCAACUACGGCAUGUGGGCAUGCACAUGACCAAAGGGCUAUUCUGUCCUUCUCAGAAUGCCUAAUAAAACCUGGGUGUGCCUUUCACCUGUGCACUACCUGAGAGAGCCUGAUUCUCCAAGUAACAUUACAAACCCAACGAUGUUAAGAUGUCUGUGCUGUCUUGCACUUUUAAAUAAUGGUGGCACAAAGGGUUCUUUGGAACAAUGUCAUAGAAAAACUACUUUUGGUUUCGUAAAGAACCACUCAUUUGAAAGGUUCUUAGGGAACCAAAUGUGGUUCUUCUAUGGCAGAGGUCUUCAGACCCAGACCUUGAAUCCAGCCUCCGGUCCUGGAUUUCUAAUCACUGAACAUCAAUCAAAAUCUAGGACAAAAUACAAAAUCUAGGACAAAAAACCUGUAUUCAAGGUCCAAAUCUGAAGACCUCUGUUCUGUUGUAUUGCUUCAAAGAACCCUUUUGUUCAGCUUCAGUUUUAAGAGUGUGGUCUUGCACCAUCUGUUUAUAAAGUUUGCCUUGGUUGACACUCUUCUGUCUGGAAAAAAAAAAGAUAGUUCUUUAAGGAUUCUUUAGUAAAGGGAAGGGUUAUAUUUUGAACCAUGAGUUCCAUAAAGAACUGUUUCAUGCUUGAAUUGUUCUUUGCAUUACAAAGUUACAAAAAGUUCUUCAGAUUCACAGAGAACGUGUUGUAUAUGGUUCUACAUAGGGCCUUUUUGAAAAUUAUUCUAUACAGCACCACAAAGGGUUCUGCUAUUGUUACAGUGUCAAGUUUAUAACGUCAAGCUUAUAAGAACACUACUUUUUGCUGCUACAUAGAACCAUUUUUUAAAAAGGUUCUAUAUAUGAUAUACAACUUCUUCUUCUUCUUCUUUUGGCUGCUCCCUUUAGGGGUCACCACAGCGGAUCAUCUGCCUCCA